AUGCUGCCGAAACUGCUGCAUCGGGGCAUCAGAGAGUCCAAGUACUACACGGCAAGGUCGGACUCCUUGACGUUCCAGGCUCAGGAGCAUCGUCAAAGGACCGCCAACUCGGAUGAGAACCAGCAAAAGCUCAUCGACGAGGUACAAAGGAUAUACCGCGAAACAGUGCCAGGAGAGACGAGCAAUGAAAAGAAGAAGAAACACGCAGAAAUAGCCAAAUCUUUCAACGAAGGACGGCUGAAGCAAAAGAAGUACCUGAGCUCAAAAAAGCAGAACCGUCGGGCGUCUUUCGAUUAA